GUACCUCCUCUUUGCUUUCUCUUUUUUCGUCAUCCCCUUUUCAUUGGGAAUCGCGGAUCCCUUGUUCCUACGGACCGAGUGAGCUGCAUAGAGCUAGAGGUCGGUGUCGGUUUCGUUAAGCGUUGCUUGUCUUUUGACUUUUUUUUGGUGGAGCUAAUGUGUUCUAGGGCGAUGUUUAACGUUUUAUGUGACGAGUGGAAUCCGGUGGAAUGUCCCUUUCCCCUGCCCUUUACGUUUCUAGUCACGUAUCCUGAUAGUGUCUCAAAGAAUCGACUGAAUCUGAUCAGAGAAGACCAAUUCUGGAUUCUUCAAAUUCAGAAUGGAAUCAUGGAAAAAAUGAAAUUGAAUUAGGGACCAUUGGUUGAUUCCAUUCUUCAAUUCACUAAAAGGACUUAAGCAAAAAAAAAAAAGUUAACACCCUAAAUUAAGGCACGAGGAAGAGGAAACAAAAAGGAGUCAAAUCAGAAGAAGAUGAAGAAGCACUCGAGUUCCUAUGAAAGAGAACUCACUUCAAUAAUUAUGAUUCUAUGAAUAUGAUACCAUGAAAGUAGAGCUGAAUGAAGAUUUUAUAUGAAUCAUCUACUUGAGCAUAUACAGUAUAUCUCACGAAAUUGGUUAUUGAAUCUUGUUUGAUGUGCAAGGCAAUUUGUUUUGAACUCUACUUGGACUAUAUGUUAUGCAUAUUAAUAGUUUGCCCUACCUUCUUUUUUCUUAAUGUAUAUAAUUCGGUUGAAAUGCAAUGUACUUGCCACUUUGUAUGAAUUAUGAUCUUUGUUUUUUUGGAGGGAUUAAAAAAGGAAGAACUAGAAAUUUAGUGUUCCACAAUGGUCGGUGAGUUUAGAGUUUUGCCUUUGCUUUGGGAAGUCGAAUUGGCAUGUUCUUGACUCUCUUCUUUUCUUUUCCUGGAAAAAGUAAAGAAAAUUUAAUGUAUUCUAAAAUUUAAGAAACUGACUUUUUCAUUGAGUUCGCUAAAAAUUCUGUCCACUUCUUCACUUUUGAAAAUCUUCAUCCCAUUGUUUCAUUUCUUCUAGAUUUACGCUGACAUUUCUUCUUAAAAAAUAAUGAUUGUACCUUUGUUUUAUGCGGCCACAUAGGAUUAUACAAUGAUAACUGCAUUGCAAUCGCUAAUCACCGUCUUAAGGAUUAUGCAAAACAUAUUUGAACAAAAGUUUAACUUGUUAAAGUUCAAGCUAAUAUUGAUUUGAUUAAAAACUGUUUUACCCAAACAGACCUACAGGAAGCACAAUUCUCGUAUUGCUUGAAUCACUAUGUAUAUAUGUAUAUAUAUGGACAGCAUAUGCACUGGUACCUGUGGGUAUGCAAUUAAGUAUCAUUUACUUUCUGAAACUCUGAUAUGUCUUGGUGAAAUCUGCUCUCUUGUACUGUUCCAGAUUCUGUAGAUGUGCUCCAUUGUUCAUUUAAAUCUGUUUGUAAAAGGGAGCAGAGAUUUGUUCCUCUUAAGAUAUAGAGCACUUUUGCAGGUACUCUCAUGGAUUGCAAUUGCUACGUUACCUGCAACAUACCUCUCUAUUCCCAUCCUCACUCUCUUUCUCCUCCUUGGAAACCUUGGAGCCUCUAUAGCUGAGGUUGCCAACGAUGCCAUUGUUGCUGAGGCUGGAAAGCAACCACAUACUCCAUCAGAAUCUGGUCAGCUUCAGUCCUUCGUUCAUAUGAUUGGCUCUAUUGGAGGCGGUCUUGGAAAUCUCCUUGGUGGCCUUGCCCUCAGUCACGUCCCUCCAAAAACUAUGUUCCUCUUCUUUGCGGUCCUACUGGUUAUCCAAUACUUGUUGACGAUCAGCGUCUCCGAGAGUUCGCUUAACCUUCCCAAGAAGAUAAGCCAUCAAUCAAAAUCAACUAGCAUCUGGAACCAGAUAUCAGAAUUAGGCGUUGCUCUUCACAAGCCAGAAAUUUAUCAUUCCAUCAUGUGGUUUUCAACAUCUUAUGCUAUUGUCCCGCUGUUGAAUGGCACUAUGUUCUUCUACCAGACUCAGUACCUAAAUCUCCCGUCCUCGGUCAUUGGCUUCUCCAAGGUCUUUGGUCAAGUCGCAUUGCUCACCUGGAGUAUCGCCUAUAACAAGCAAUUCAAGAAGUUCCCUGCAAAGAAAAUUUUAUUCGCCUUGCAGUCCACUGUCGCUAUGUUCAUGGUAUCCGAUGUCUUUUUCGUCAAAGGGACUUACCGAGCUAUGGGGAUUCCAGACUCGGUGUACGUGGUGAUCUUCUCAGGAUUAUCUGAAGCUUUGCUCUUCUUCAAGAUUCUUCCUAGUAGCGUGCUCAUGGCAGCUAUGUGCCCGGCUGGGUGUGAAGCGUCAGUCAUGGCAUUUCUGAUGUCAGCAAUAGCGCUUGCUAACAUAAUCAGUGGCUACUUCGGGGUGGCUCUUGCUGCAUCAGUUGGAGUAUCUGCUGCUGAUAAUUUCUCAUAUUUUCCGGUUGCAAUCCUAAUACAAGCCUUUUGCACGCUGCUGCCUCUCUGUUUGAUAUCGUGGGUCCCAGAUGUCAGCAGGCCUGUGAAGAAAGAAGAUUAGACUAAAAUUUUUUUGUAAAUUAUUUUCAUAGAAUAUAUCGGUUUUUUCAUUAAAAAAACUUAAUUGAGGUUGACCAAGUGUUGACCAAGUGACAUUUGAAUUAAAUUGUUUUUCCUCUCUUUUUUUCACUUUAUUUUCUUUUUUUGUUGUAUUAAUUGUGAUUUUGCUGUUUGAUUUCCUUGUCCAUUUACGAUAAUU